AUUGGACUGACACACAUGAUCAGAAGCUGCACAUCUUAUAAGAACCAUGUCAUAUUUGAAGGAAGUGGUGACUCAUCUGUUUUGAACUCAGAAAAACCAGUAAGAAGAAUGAAUUCUGCCGUCUAUCUGUGUUUGCUAUUGGUUGGCCUUCCCACCAUCACUUAUGGCCACCAUCUCAAUGGUCAUGAUAAUUCAAGUAUUGCAGCUCUGAAGAUCUAUACCAACACUGCUCAGUUUGGACUUAAUUUGUAUGAACAGAUUUCUUCAGCAUCACCUGGCAAGAAUAUUUUCUUCUCACCCAUCAGCAUCUCUUCUCUCUUAGCAUUUCUGUCACUGGGGGCAAGAUCAACCACCCACACUCAGAUUCUGGAAGGCCUCAGCUUUAACCUGACACGAAUCCAGGAAAAGGAAAUCCAUGAUGGGUUUCAUAACAUCUUUUCUGUGAUAACUAACCCUGACAAUGCGGUCAAAAUUGAUAUUGGUCAGGCUCUGUUUCUGAAAGAUGACCAAAAACCACUACAGAAAUUUUUGGAUGAUGUCCAUGCCUUCUAUGAAGCAGAAAUGUUAUCAGCAAAUUUCCAGGAGCCCAAAGAAGCUGAGAAGCAGAUCAAUGAAUAUGUGGAGAAGAAAACCCAUGGGAAAAUUGUGGAACUGGUCAAGGGUCUCGAUCCAACCACUGUUAUAGUUAUGGUUAACUACAUAUUCUUUAAAGGUAAAUUAUGAAUAUCUGAGAAGAUUCUUCAGCCAAACUGAUGUGUAAAUCUUCUUAUAGUCAUCCAGUUAAGUUGAAUGGUGGAAGUUUCAGGACAGGAAAAAUGAGAUACUUCUUUGUAAAAUGCUAGAAACUUUGGAACUCACAACCACAAUGUGUAGUGAUGGCUGCCAACUUAGAUAGUGUUAAUUCAGCAAAGAGUUUCAAACUUGAAUGGUUCCAGGAUGGUGCAUAGUAGUCCCUUCCAUAAAGCUGAGAUGAUUUUUAUUUCAGGUUCAGGCAGCAAUCAUGUCAAAGGCAGCAUGAGAUCAAAAGCAAGUAGAAAAUUCAGAUACAAGAUGUAAACAGUACAGUGGGAGAGAGAGAAGGUUCGGGUAAGAGGCAAAGUCAAAAGCUGCUUGAGAUUCAAGUCAGCAAAUGUUUCAGAAAUUAAGUUCAGACAAACAAGCAGGCAAUAAUCAGGCAACAGCCAUGAUCUAUGGCAGCCCAAAGGAACAGGAGAUCCACCCAAGGGAAAGGUAGGCAAAGACACAGCAGCACAUUAGAAAGAGGAGCAUUAUUUCAUCAGUUGAGCGUUUUAAGCAGGAACUGGCAAAGAUCCACACAAGGCCCAACAACUGAGGCUUCUGAAAUCCUCCUCAGCAUGCUGAUGGGGUGAUGAAUUCUCUCUACAUUUUAAAAUUCUCUCUACCUUUAAAAGACUUAUCCAUGAUGUUCAACCCUAUUCUCAAAAUAGGUUCAGCACCUUGGAUAAUUCCUUUAACGUAAUAACUUAAACCUGGAGAGGAUUCAACUGCCCCCUGACAUGGGAUCCAUGACCCUUACACCAGUGUAAGAUGUAGUUGAGCAUUUAUCAGGAGCAUCUGCAUUCUGCAGGUGCUGACACUCUUGGGGGCUCCAUAUUCACUCCACUUCAGCCUCUGAAUCCUGACUUUCUUACUCAUGGUUUGGAUGCUCUGUUGUCCCCCCCCCCCCCCAAGAGCUCUGGCAUGAAUAGUUCUGGAGAUUUGCCUGUUUUGGGGAUGCCAAAUCCCCUAUUAAGGAGGGGUCCUCUAGCAGGGAGCAGGAGAGAUUAUUUUCAAAGAGGAUCAAGUCCAUUCAUGAAAGAUGGAUCUGUAUUCAAGAUGUAUUAGUCAUGAUGAGAGAGAGGCAAUGUGAAGAGCAGGAAUGCUGAGGAACAGGAAGCAGUGGAGUGAGGUUGCUGUUAUAUUCACUACCCUAUUUGUGGGUUUUCCAUAGGCAACUAUGUGAAUACAGCAGCGCACUAGAACAUAGCUUUGGUCUGGUCCAAUAUGGCUCUUCUGGUGUCCUUAUGUACUGAAAUUCAGUAAACCAGAGUCAGCUCUUCAAUUAGUGAACGUAGGAUGGGAUUGUACACAGCAACUAGUUCACAGCAAACUGAAUAAAUCUAAUCAAUCAC